AUGGAAAAUCAAAAGGUGCAGAAAAAACAGUGUGAUAUGAAAACAGAUCUGAACUUGCUGCUUGAAUGCCUUAAAUAUCAGAUGGAUUGCCCUGUAUCUCAGAAAGAGGCUUUGAUCACUAUUUAUUCAAUUUGUCAACAAAACAGUGAAGCGAGCGAGUAUUUUAGAGAAAUUGGUGGUUUGAUGUUUAUAAAUGAUCUUGCAAAGUCAAGUGUUCAUUGCAUAGUAAAGGAAGCAGCUUUAUUCACAUUAGGAUUUAUUAUAGAGAGUAAUGUUUAUUGUCAACAAACUUUGUGUACUUCUGCAUUGUUCGAAGACCUCAUUUUAUUUUUAAUGAAUAAGGAUUCCAGUGUGAACUUGAAAAGAAUGUCUGUUUAUGUCAUCUUAGUACUGGUUUCAAAUAAUAAAAGUGGUCAAACCUAUGUCAGAGAUACAGGCUGCAUUAGUCUUCUGCUACAGUUAUUCAGAACAACUCUCUCCUCAUCUGAGAUGAAUCUGUCAGAUGAAAAUACUAAUCAGUGCUAUCAGCUUUGGUCUUCAGUGUGCAGUACUCUCUGUGCCUGUGUUAACAAUCCUCAGAAUGAAGAUAAUCAAAACAUCUGUUGUUCAGUCUUUCCCAAAUGUUUAACUUUUUCCUAUGCCAAAGAGUGGCUUGAAAUUUGCACAGAGCCUGAGAUAGUUCGUCCUAUUUGUUCAUUUGUUGGUCUCACAGUUGCAAAUAACUCAUACGUGCUUAAAUAUUUUGUUUCUGUUGGAGGAUUGGAUAUGUUGGCUAAAGUUCUCCUCAAGCUGAUGCAUGACUCCUGUAUGAGUCAGUCAAGCACAAAACUAGCAGUAGUAGUAACGAAGACUCUGGAUGCCUGCAUUGCUAAUGACUCUGCUAUGGGUGUUGUCUUGACAAAGUAUCACACUGUGUCAGAGCUGCUGAAGCUGCUGUCCAAUGAUACUCUUGAUACAGGAGAAAAAAUUAGUAUUCUUCUAACAAUCGGACACUGUACUGAAGUUUGUGAAGAAAACCAGUGUGAACUGCUCCAGAACAAUGGUCUCCCACUUAUGAUUCAGGUAUUAACAGAGUCUCAGGAUGAGGAGCUAAACAAAGCUGCUACUUUUGUGCUGCAGAACUGCAAACAAAUGACCGAGCAAUUGUCUCUGAAAAUAAAUGACAAUUCAUUAAAUGUGAACAAUGCUGAAGAGCUGGACUUGCAAGUCAGAAAAAGAAGUCUACAGGACUACUGGAAGAAAGCAAAAGAAAUUUUACACCGAAUAAAGUUGAUUGAAAAAGAACACGAUGAGGAAGGAAGGCAAGGAAGAGUAUUCAUAGAGGGAUCUUCAGAAGCCAAUACUGAAGCAUCAAAAUACCAUGAAGUGAAUCCUGCUGAUUCAAAUGCUUUAAUAGAAAGAACACAUGAAGUAGGACAAUGUCCACAGCUGACCUACACGUUAGAUGAUCAGGUUCUCAUUCCAUCUGUAAAUUAUUCUCCACUUAAAAAUGAAAUAGUGAAUGCUGUGGAGUCAGUAAAUGCUGCUGUCAGACAAAGCAAACAGAGUAAUAGUCCAUGUGCAGCGGAAGAACUGCAAACCCACCAUGUACUUCCAAGUCCUGGUAUGAAUGAAAAAACCGCUUGUGUAAAAAAUCAGUCUGUUCCUCAAGUAAGUGGACGUUGUUUUAAAAAACCAGUGGAAGUUAAUAAAAAUAUGAAACAGACAUGCACAUCAGAUCAACAUUCACUCUUCUCAGAGAUAACCAGGGAAGGAAAAAGUGCUUCAACUACAUCUGCAUCCCAUAAAGUAGCAGAUUUAAGGUGUUUAGGUUGCACAGCAGGAGGACUGCCCUUCAAUAGUAGAACUUUUACCAAGAUGUUGCAAAGCUGUCCCUACAAGUGUGACCAUCACAAAGUCAUUCUGGAAGCUGAAGAAAGAUAUAAAAAGGAACUUCGCAAGCUGGUUGUUGGUAACAACAGUAGAUACGCAGCUCAUGAGCGUAUUAUUUUGACUCCCAUUAGAAAAAACAAAUCCAGCAUUUCAAAAAGAGAUGAACACAGCAAAAAUACUAGGUUGACUGAUGACUAUAACUUGAUACCUACAUAUGACAAGUCUUUCAAAAAAACCCAAGAUGCUAACUUGAAAAGACAAAGAGUCAAAGAAAUGUGUGACCAGCAAUGUCAGCACUUAAAAGAAAACUGCAACUAUCCACUUGACAAAGAUGAGAACAAUGAAAUAUGUUCCCUGGAGAUGGGCACGAGAACUUUAACCAAGAGAAGAAGAACUCGAAAAGAUUUCACAGCUGAAGAAAUUAACUGUCUUUUGAGUGGAGUAAAAAAAAUGGGUAAUCACUGGAAUUUAAUUUUGUGGUCUUACCCAUUUCAGAAAGGACGGACAAGUGUUGAUCUUUCCAAGAAGUACUACAGGUUACAGUUGCAAGAAGAAACUGUUUUGCUGAAAUGA